AAUUUGAUUGCCCAGUCAUAGGCUAUACACUGAAAGUUGUCUUAAAUUGCUUUAGUUUGCCGGUAUUCUGUGGAUCGCUAACAUGUUAUAUCAAAGAUGGACACAAAAAACGAAAAAGAAGAAAAGCAUCGCGAGGUCAGAGGGAGUAAAAUCUGAGAUUUGAAGAGAGGAUUGUACAAAACUGGUUUACCUCGUGCGGCCGAAUAAUGGGAACGUAAUUAUUCUAACCCUGAAGUGAGACGGUUCUGGUCUGCAAGUGAAUAAGGAUCAGUGAUAAGGAUAUAUAUUGGUAUAUAUAUAUACCCGGAUUGUUCUCUCUUGUGGAAUUCUUGUGUAUUUUUUUUUCUCUCGGAUUAACCAUGGUGCCAUUUGCAGAUGGAAGUGGAUGUUUUACUGAUCUGCCAUAAAAAAAGAAGAAAAAAAAAGUGGUGAAAAAAAGAAAAGAAAUAUGUGUCGCCUGACGAUCAAAGGGUGAACCUGCUGGAGUAGUUACACUUUUAGUCUUCCAAUGCAGAUGUUCAACAGUCGAGACGUACGCAUAUAUGAGCGUGUUAACAUUCAACAAGCCGCUUUGCACCGUGCAUCAGCAGCACCGCAACAACAACAGUGUCCACUGGAAGCAUCCCGAGUCAUCAGAAAACUCCUAUACAACAUCCAACGAUUGGCGGGCUUCGCCUGGCGGUCUCUCGUCGCCAGCGCCCCCUCGAGCCGUGGUUACAGCACACGGCAAUGAACUCAAGCCAUUCUUUGAGGAAUUUAUUAAUUAUUAAUUUCCUUAUCAAUCUGACCCUAGCAACAAACAUUCCUCUUGGAGAGCCCCCCAUCCAACGCACACAACCCACAUAUUGGGGAGACAAGACGCGCCGAAUUUAUCUGCAGACGAGAACAGGUCAUUUCUUGGAAAUCUGUCCCGGAGCCAAAUUUGGUGGAAUUCGGGGUGUGCACCAGAGGACAGAGUACGCCAUACUCGAACAGAUCUCGGGCGCGAACCUCUCGGUGGUAAUCAAGGGAGCUCACUCUAACCUCUACGUCUGUAUGGAUAGCAAUUCUGAGUUGUACGCAAGUGAUAAGAUCUCGGAGGACUGUUAUUUCAAAGAGAACUACCACCACUCGUACAACGUCUACCAUCACCGCUCCCACAGGGAGAGGAAGACUAAGUUCUACAUCGGGAUCGACAGGUCGGGCAAGGCAAGGAAAGGGAUAGAGGCCCGCAAAUCGCAGAAAAUGUCCCAGUUUACACCACUAGACUACAAAAACGACUCUGUGCAAUCGUCAAAGGAAUGCAUAUCUGGCGAGUUCAAUGUGAUUGAUUCAGACUCUUCGCCCACAAACAGGCCGAAAGUAGAUCCGGAUAAAGUGAAGCGCGAGCAGACGAGAAAACGGCGCAGGCGGUGGUGUAAGCGCCUUCUGUCUGGAAAGUUGGAAAGAAACCCUGAAAAAUACAGGACGAGGUGCAAAUACGACUGCGAAAUAUUAAGACAAAUGUUAGACAAUCCAACUAAGUAUAAGAGAAAAUGUGAAAAGGCCAAACGUAAAAGGAAGUUAAGGAAAAUUAGGUUGCACCAGAUUCAUAAGUUGAGACAUAAGCAACAGUCGCAGGCGGUCAACAGACAGAGAGGGCAUCGGGGGCAUCAGUCUGGAGGGAGUCGAGGGAGAACUUUACCCUUCAUACUAGAACGCGGAGCGCCAGGUGCGUAGCGCAGACUUCAAAACUCCAGUGACUAACAUGUGCAUAGUACACUAAUUGCCCAUUACAAAAAAAAUGGCCCGAGUAUGGUACGGGUGUUCAGGUUCAGGCUUUGUGAUGGAUGUCGAUUCUUCCUCGGGAACAGAGAAGGGUUACGGGUAAGAGGAAGCGAGAUGGAUGAUGCCAAUAUUCUGAUAUGCCGAAUAUCAAACUAUUGUGGAUCCCUCAGUUCGAUGUGGAUAUUCACAACUACUUUAUAUCAUUUUGUAACCGAGUCUGAUGUGUGUUAGUCGCACAAAUACACCGUCCCUUUUUGGAACAAAAUGGAUUGGAUGUGAAUUACGUGACACAGCGGCCAUUGUGGUUCAUUUAUGACAAGAGGUGACUGAGGUGACCACAUUAUAAAACGGACAUGUUGUGUAUCGUAUUAGAAAACGCUUAGGCGAUGAUUUGCCAUGUAGAAAUUUUAAUCUACACAAAAGACACCCACUGCCUGCGUUACGCAAAUACAUGGUUUGGCAACCUGGGUGGUUUGACGUUAAUAAUAUACUUGUAUAUAUAAACAGCCUGGUCGCCUAGUUUAAUGGUCUGCUGUUAAACUGUUGUGAAAACUACAAACUGGUGCGUGUGUUAAUACAUACAUGGCGUCAUGCCGAUGUCAUUUGUGACGUCAAACAGUAUAUAUAUCUGCAUUGUGUAUUUCACUCAUCAUCGGACAUGUAUAUGUCUUUACUAUUAGAUUCUGACCGAGAGUAUUUUUGUAUUGGACACACUGAGACGUUUGUUACGUUUAUUUAUGGAUUAUUUUCUGGAAUGUUACGUUUGUGAUUCCACUAAAUCACAAUGGGACAAGUGAGAACUAAACAAACCGGAAGUGAAUGCUAGUUUUCUAUUUAAUUUAUGAUUUAUGAUUUUAAUUGCAUGUUCUAAUUAUUUUAACGUGGUGUGCUAAGUACGACAGAGCUAAGAUGAAGGAUUGCACAUUUUGUCCCAAAAGAAACCAUUUUAGAAACGUUUGAUUACAAAAAGAAUAUUUGAAUUCCUUCUCAAAACUCUUCUAAAAUCUGGUUUCUGACAACUUGUUAUUAUUAAUCACUUACUCUUAAGUAUCUAACUUUAUGGUCAAUAGUAAAUUAAGAUUAAUUCUUUGUAUUUGAGAUUUGUCCCACGUAACUACAUAAAGGAUAAUUCUAAGUGUAUCAUUAAUAUAUUAUCUAUAUUUGAAACAUAAAUUCUUUACUAUUUGAAAUAAGAAAGCACUUUCUAUCUGUAAUAAAAUUUGGCUAGUGCGAGCUGAAGGGAAGUGAGAAAUAUGUUGCUUUUUCGAAGCCAUUCUGAAAGAACAGCCAGUUUUAAUCUGGUAAGAACUAAACAUUCAGAAAUCGGACUUAGGUCCAACAGUCAUAAAACUAACUGUAUUGUCGUUUCCCUCUUAUUAUAAAUACAUUUAGUUCUUACUGAAGAUCGAGAAAACACUUUAUAUCGCCUGCUUUCUAUGACUUCUUGUCUACGACGCUCACUUCUGGUUUGUUUUCCUCCUUGUUGGACCGUGCAAUAGGAUGCAGACGUCCAUUUGCGCACUUCGAGCCGUCAUGCGUUCAUUGUAACUUAUAUAUGUGUGUACAUGUAUAAUUUAACUUAAAAAAACAAUAUAGAUAGCCUUGUCACAAGAGCAAAGUGACUAAGGAGUGUGAUCGAGAAAUGGAAGAAUGUGAUGGAGAAAUUGAUGAAUGGAAUGAAAAGACAGAAAAAAUGUAUGUGACGUGUAAAAUUCCCGCGUGAAAGAUGUGAAAGUGUGACCGAAUUGCAAGCCUGCGUAGAUGUCUGCGUGCGUGAAUGAGUGAAAGGAUAUACGUGGGUGAGCAAAUAAAACAGUAAAAAAUGCAUGAACAGUCCUGUCUUGGACACACUCGCUGAGAAAUUCGAAGGAUGUACCCAAGAUAGAUGUGCUUCAACCUUUAGAUGAUGUACGGACGUGUCAAAUGGUUGAUUGCACUAACAGUUGGCUUGGAUAUACAACCCAGAUGGCUGAGGUAUGUGCCCAGGUUAACGAGCUUGGACCUAAACUGGAUUAUUAAGUAAAAUAAAAAGAGAAUGAAUGCAUGAAGAACUACACAUUUGACUGAAUGUGUUUGAAGAAAGCAGGGUGCGUGAAGAAAGCAAUGUGUGUGACAGAAUGGCAGAUGGACAUGAACUACAACAGUAUUUGAUAUCUAGGUACAUCAUUAUCAGCAUCAUCAGCAGCAACAGCGGCGGUAGCGGCUGUACUGGCGUUCACACGUAUACUCAUAGUCAUGAUAUUACUGUGCAAAAAAAACAUUUGCCUACAUUGUAAAUCGUUCAGGUUUUGUAGUCAUUUCAUGGUUCAUAAUUGGCACAUACUUACAUAAACAGUGAAAAGAAAACAGUGUGAAAUAAUUUAGUUUUUGGUACCAGCAGUGGGAUUUGUUCUAUAUAUUAGCUCGAUCAGUAAAGCUCUGGACGUGCGUGGUUCGAAUCCUCUUAAGAGGCGAUUCAGCGAUGUUACAUUCAUAAAAGCUGCUGUGUGCAAUUAAUGCAACGGAUUGAUGUACAUAAAGUCAUCAUUAAAAACAAUUUGGAGAAAUGUCCAGAAGUGUUUGCUGUAUACCCACUAAAACAGUUCACACAUAACAUGAUUCAUAUUUUAGACCGGUUGAUAUACUGAUAGAAAGAAAUACGGGAUCACGCAAAUAUUAUUACGAACAAAAAAAAGAAGAAAAAAAGACACACACAAAAAAGACUGCAAACAACCAAAACCCUCAAUCCAUGGUGUCAGGAGUUGACAGUGUUACUGGUAGUUCGAUAUUACUGACAUUCAAUCCCCACUUUAUAACUUUGUGUGAAAUACAGACAUUAUUACGCUAGCAAUAACUUAAAUUUGUCUACGAUUUUCUGUUUCCUUAUUUCUUUCCAUCAGUAUAUCAUGUUUAUGCAUAACAUUCUGUGUGUGUGUAUACAGAAACCGGAUUUGUUACAUUUAGCCAGAAGCAGACUGCAUUUGAAGUAACAAUGAAUAUAUGAAAAAUCCAAUCACAUGACUGUAAUACAGGAUCUUGUUACGGCUGGCCUGUAACGGGGUGGGGGUGGGGGGAGAGAGGGAUGUAUUAGUGCAUUCAUUUGACAACUGUAGAGUUGGCGUUAAUGUGCAUUCAACGUAGCUUUAAAGGUAUGAUAACGAGGAUGGGGAGGAGAGUAUUUUUUAUCCACAUAUCUCAAAAAUGAAAUGAGGAGCAUGUUGUAAAAUUUAUAAUUAUGGAGAUGGUGUAGGGUAUGUUGGGGUGAUUGGGGUGGAUAUUAUAUAAGGAAGGUAGGGUUGGAUAUGGCGAGGUGGGUAGGGUGGUAUAUUGUAGAUAGGGUGGGACAGUUCACAGAUGGCCACGUUGGCAAUGGCGAGAGAGAAGUCCGGCUGUGGUUUCGUCAUGGCGGUAAUGGUAGGGGGUGGGGUGGGAGUAGGGGUGGAAAACGUGCCUUUAAUUCUGCAUUGUUGCUUCUCGCAGAAGGAAGUCGUAAAAUUACGUUAGUCUUCUGUCAGUAAGGAAUUGUGAUACGUGUGAAAAUAAAUGUAAACAAAUGUA